AUGGCAGAGGAUGAAGUCGGGCUUGCAGACGCCGUGCUGCUCGCGCCCCUCACCGAAGACUCCUUUCUACACAACUUACAUGUCCGAUAUAAAAGAGAUAUCAUUUAUACAUACGUAGGCAACGCCCUUAUUUCGGUAAACCCAUGCCGACCUCUGCCACUCUACUCGGCGGAUCUGGUGCGGACCUAUUUAGCGCGACCGCCAUACUUACUGCCACCGCAUCUGUAUGCGAUAACGGCAACGGCUUAUAGAUGGGUACGUGAUAGAAACGAGAGCCAGUGCAUAGUUAUUACGGGUGAGAGCGGUGCUGGCAAAACAGAGGCCGCGCGUGUGUGCCUCCAAUGUGCGGUAGUAGCAGGUGGAUGCGCGGGCGGCGCAGCGGGUGGCGGAGCGGCUGCCACGCUAGUUGCGGCCGGAACUCUUCUCGAAGCCUUUGGGAAUGCCGCUACUGCAAGGAACCAUAAUGCCAGUAGAUUUGGAAAGCUGUUGGAUAUAGAGUUGGACUUCAAGGGAGAGCCGAUCGGUGGACACCUGACACACUCAGACCUCUUGGAAAAGGAACGCGUUUGCUUCGUAUCAGACGGCGAACGAAAUUUCCACGUACUAUAUCAGUUACUAGCCGGUGCAGACGCGCAAUUGCUCAAGCGGCUUAAGCUGCAGCGCUCAUGGGAGGCGUACCGGGUACUGCGGGGUCGCGCGCCCCCCGCGGGCUCGGAAGACGCGUCCCCGCCCCUCCGUCCGCCCCCGGGCCCCGCCGACCCCCACGCAGAUCGAGACCACUUCGCAUUCACCAAAGCCGCCAUGAAAACCCUCGGACUGAGCGCGGCGGAAUGCGGGGCGGUUCUACGAAUUCUCGCCUUCAUCCUCAAACUGGGCAACGUCCGUUUCGAACCCCUUCAUCACAUAGAUGGCUCGAUUGGAGCGCGUGCACAUCAUGAACUCGAGUUACGGGAUGCGUGUGCGCUGGUCGGAGUCGAUCCGGAUACCUUAGCUCUCGCUUUGGGUGCGGCGCCGGACGCAACGGUGCCCCCACCUGCCGCUCCACCCACUGAGGCCCCACACGAAGACGAGUGUUCAGUGGAGGAGGAAGAGAGUUCAGUGGGGGGUGAAUCCGAGGCGUGGAGCGAGUGGGGGGAAUGGGGAGAGUGGGCGGCGCUACGGAGGGAUCGUGUGCUUUGCGCGCUGUAUUCGCGUCUUUUCAACUGGUUGGUGCGCGGCGUUAACGCGGCAUUACGAGGAGCGGCCGGCGGUCGUCGUUCACUGGGCAUUCUGGACGUGUACGGAUUAGAGUCGUUGGCGCACAACUCGUUGGAGCGGCUGCUCAUCAACUACGCGGCGGAACGCGUGCAUGCGGCUGUCUGUACCCUAGCCUUGCGCCGGCAGCAAGAGGAGUAUGCGCGCGAGGGGCUCGCAUGGACGCCGCUGCCUCUUACCGAUCAUGAGGCCGCCGCGGAUGCGUUGGACGCGGGACCGGACUGCGUGCUAGCAGCAUUGCGCGAUGCCACCCUUCGCGCGGCUCCCGACUCCCAUUUCAUACAGCGUCUGCAGCGUCGUCGGCAUCCACGCGUCUUGCCGUUGCCGCCCGAUAGAUUCCAGUAA